AUAGGUGCUCAUGCAUGCAACCAAAUAUCAACAAUCAUGGCUGCAAACAAAUUUAUUUCUCUCCUCUUCUUUAUAGUUUUGUUUGCGGCAAUAUGUUCCGCCGCCCGACUUGGUUUGGGAGUCGAAGUUGGUGUCUACGGCGGCGGUGGAGGCGGAGGUGAAGGCGGCGGCGGCGGUGGAGCUGCCGCUGGUCAUGGCUACGCCGGUGGUGCCGGAAGUGGUGGCGGAAGCGGUGCCGGCGGUGGUGCUGGGGAGCAUGGUGCUGGAGGUGGCGGCGGCGGCGGCACUGGCGGCGGCGGAGGUUCUGCUUCUGCUGGUGGGGGUUAUGCUGGUGGGAGUGGGGAAGGGCAUGGUGCGGGUGGAGGAUACGGCGGCGGAGCUGGUGGAGCUCAUGGCGGCGGCGGGGGUGGAGGCUCAGGCGGUGGCGGUGGUGGUGGUGGUGCGGCGGCCGGUGGUGGACAUGCCGGUGGGUACGGGGGAGGGGAAGGAGGUGGGGAAGGGAGCGGCAGUGGAGGAGGCGGUGCUGGUGGUGGCGGGGGUCAUGGUGGCGGUGGGGGAGGUGCGAGCGCCGGAGGGGAAGGAAGCGCCUCGGGUUCGGGAUAUGGAAGUGGUGGAGGUGCUGGAGCUGGUGGUGGUGCAGGAGGUGCCCAUGGUGGAGGAUAUGGUGGGGGUGAAGGGGGCGGUGGUGGUGGCGGUAGUGCUUCCGCGGGUGGGGGGCAUGCCGGCGGAUAUGGUGGCGGCGCUGGGGGAGGUGAAGGUGGCGGUCAGGGUGGCUAUUCCCCUUGAUCAAGAAUGUAUAACAAUAUCCAAACAUGGAUACUAAGAAUAUAUAAUUUCGAAAUUCAAUGCGCUUAAGUAGGUGCAUGUAAAUCGUUAUGUCGUUAACUACCAAGAUUAAAACUCUUAUGGUGGAGAUGUAAUUUGUGAUUCACUAAGUUUUAUUUCACCAAUGUUUAUGAAAAAUUUUAACUGCCGUGCACUACUAUAUUGUGAUUA